AUGGUAACCAAUGCUGGUAGAGAGGACAUUAUCCUGGUCGAUGCAGAGCUGUCUGAUCCUGAGGACGAUAUCGUUAUCCUUGAUGAUGAUGGACAUGGUUUCCCUAUUCGGGUUAGCGCACAUCGUACGCAAUUGAUAGUGGAGACCACUGAAGGGAAUGGGAUAAUUCCGUUGAAGAUGGAUGUCCUAUCAGUUGACAAUCUCUAUUUCAAUCCCCCAAUUAUUGAAUUUGGUACUAGGCGGCCCGAUGACUUCUUCCCGGCCAUGGUUGAGCUCAGAGCCCAGUACAGUGGUGUGCUGGUGGAGGCUGUAGAGAUUACGGCCAUCACGUACCAACCCAUUGGGAGGUCUUCUGGAUCACCUGUCGAAGUUAUUCCAGAGAUAGCUAGUGGAUCGCCACUAAGGGUUCCUAAAGGAGACCCAGAGGAGGAGGAGGAGGAGGAUGGGAAACUCAUUGCUACCAUUCGGUUAAAGGUCCAGAGCAGAGUCCUCCGUAGUGCCGCUGAUGUGGAUGGGCUCAUUCUUAUUCAUACUAACCUCGACCAUACCAACCCUAUCCGUCUGAAGGUUACUGGAAGAGUGUCGAAUAGUCUACCACUGGUCUAUUAUCCUGGGGGUGAGAUUAGGAUGCAAUACUGGCCAGAGGAGGGCCUGACCACUCGAGAGGAUGGUAUCCAACUUGUCACACAAUGGGGCAGCUUCGAGAUGGCUAAGGCAGAGGUCACUAUCGAUCACUCUACUACUUUGCUGUCGGCCCUGAGUAUGGAGGAUAGGGUUAAGCUGUUCAGCAGAGCAAUGGUUAUAGCAGUGUACCUUGUGGUCCCUGCUGAUAGCAUCCUAGAAGUACCUAUCACAGUAGGGAGGAGCAUAUUAGAGGGAGAUGUCACAUUACAAGGGGAGACUAGUCGGGGUCAGAGGUUCCAUCUAAAGGUCCAUCACAUCAAUGUGCCUCUUGCUAUGUCAAGCCAAGGCAUGGAGAUUCGUAUGGAGGCGUCGGGUGAUGAUAUGUAUAAUUUAGUACUACCCAAGAUUCCUAUCAAUGAUGGUCUCCCUUACCCGGUGGUGAGAGGAAUUAAGUCCUUGGAUGCCCGUCUAGAGUAUGUCCCAUCUGAGAUGGAUACGCUGAGUGAUGGUGUCCUGGCUAGAGCUAAGUUUUAUCCUGGAAGGGUCCCUACAGAGCUUACUAUCACCACAGUGGAAGGCUCAAUGGCACUGCUACGUGGGUCACUGGAAGCUCAACGCUUGGAGGCUCUCACUAGGCGGUAUACGUCGUUAGCAACAACCGACAACAUAGAAGGAUUGUUGAACGAGAUAACCCUUUUGGGUGAUGAAUGGGAGUAUUCUUUCCAAACUCCGUGGAUUCAUCAUCAUCAAAGGCGCCAUAGAUCAUCGAUCCUAGUACCGUAUCAAGGAGAGCUUAUAGGCUUACGGUUAGCACCUCUAGGGGCCUGUAGGACAGCUAAAGUGUCGAUAAGGAACCCUCUGCAUGACGCUAGUAUAUGGGUUCAAGUCAAAUACAUCACAGUUGACAAUGAUCUAUCACUGAACCUCCUGACUGGGCAAGGGAAGGCCUUGCCGCUUACCAUACCAUCUCUUCCUCAACCUUCCGAUGCUGGUUCUACUGAACCCUCUGUAGCUACUACAGUCACUGUGCCGAUGCCCCCUCUGUCCAUCGUAGGAUUGGAAUUCAUGAGGAGGAUAGUCACCGAACCCGAUGAUACAGUGAUAGACCUUAAUCUUGUCGGCGUACCUCUCACUGUCCCCAUGGCGGUGCUCGAAGGGCUCGAUGGGGACAUGGUUGAUGUUACUAGGGUGGAGUUUAGUGGAGGAGAGAGAGGAGGAGGAUGUACUACUCCUGAUGGCUUCAAGUUGGCCAUGUUUGAUGAUCAGUUCCCGAUUACUAUACCAUCUAAAGCCCAGCUCUUGGUGUUGGUUGAAACUACUCUGAAGGAGAUCGUCGAUGCCUGGCCAGCCGGGCAAGCGAAGACCUAUCUCGCACGGAAACUGGUCGCUAUUGCUACCGAUUUCAACCAAGAGUUUGAUGAUGGCCUGGGAACGGCUCGAGCCUUGACCGAGCUGAUUGGUUCGCUAGAGCAGGUCUCAAAUCUCGACCCAUCUCCAGAGUGGACGGAUACUGCUGGUUCCUAUAGCGGCGAGCGGUCCUUCAGGCAGAUCGCAUUGGUAUUGAUGCUUACAGGACUAGCGACUAUAAGUAUCACAUGGAAAGGUUCAGCACAAAGGCGACGGUUAGUAUGCAGAAAUAAGGUGAAGAGGUUGGAUAUGAUACCUAAGAAGAAGCCCAUGGCUAGGCGUGAGGUGAUGAGUGGACAGCCUAGUCCACCUCCACUACUAGCAGAACUACUCACCUAUUUUGAGGAAGCGAAGCAGAAGAAGGCAGUGACUACUAAGGCUGAUGUGUCUGUUGAUGAUAGUAUCAGUAGUAAAUUGUCUACGGAUACUCUUGUGGCGUCACAUCCAAAGCAAACAGGUGGUAGUAAUAGUAGUAGCAGUAAGCAUGGCAACAGCAUCAGAGGAGGCGGUCAUAAGGGGGGUGGUCAGUCGAUGAUGAACCUUCUGGCGGACGAACCCCAGCCACCGGCUAAGCUGAGAACGAUUCAAUCAGCAGUAGAGGCAUCUAUGGCGAUGCAAGGUAAACCAUCAGUGGAGGUGGGAGAGGUAGGAAGUAGUAGUACCAAGAAGAAGAAGACUAAGACUAAGGAGAAGGCUGUCCCCAAGACCAAGUCAGUAGCAACAACUGAUAAGAAGAAGGUCGUCAAGCCGAAAAGGCAGCAACAACAGCAACAUGGCUCGAUCAAGGCUAAGGCUGUGGACCAACCUCCAGCUCCUAUUGAUGGGCAGUCGGCCAAGUCGCGGGUUCGAACCCCGGUGCCCCCACUUUUACCUACUGCUAACAAAGUGGUGGCCGGGGAGAAGGAUGUGUCCGAUGAAGUUGUGCAACUAUCGGCAUCAUUGGAGAUGCUCUUCAAACAAGCCCCUGUAUACGAUCGGUCGGAGGAGGCUUCACCACAGGAUGACUCUCUUGACGACGAUCUGGAUACUCUAUUGAAGAGUUUGGAUGGAAGUCUGCUGGUGGAAGACCAACAGGGGACGACUCUUACUCCUCCUCUUGCUCAUGCUGCUCCUGCUGUUGACUCGUAUGGGCUCAUUGGUAGUUGGAGAAGUCAGCAAGAUAUUCGCUAUAACUUUCCUUACGACAACACUAACAACUACAACAACAACUCUACAGAUGGUUGUGUCUACUAUGAAGCUUUCGCACCUCAAGCAGAAGGGAUCCCUCAAGACUACGGCGGAAUACCCCAGUAUCAUCAUCAGCCUCCCGAGGCCCGACCAGCAUUCACCUCCUGGACUGAUGCCGAUGGUAAUGGUGCCUUCUGGAAUGAGGAAUACGAAGAUGUGUCUCGUCGUCGUCGUUAUGACUUUGGGGCCUUCACUAGAGAAGUUCACAGGCGUCGAUCAAAGAAUUAUUGCAUGGAAGAGUCUGAAACCCAUCAUCAUCAUGGCCAUACUAAACCGACUUCCAUGACAGUUCAAAUACGGGAGUUGAUGGCUGAGAGAGAGGCACAGGAGGAAGAUCUUGGAGCUAUGCGCGAAAUGGUGAAGUUCCUUAGUGAUAGAUGUCAACAGUUGGAGGCCGCAUACAAUGAUAGGGAGACGAGGUUCAGGAGGGAGAUGGAGGAGGUGGAAGAACAGCACAAGAGGGAUAUGGCUCUGGUUGGGGUUGAGAUGAGCGAAUUGGAGUCUCGAGUAGAGGCCUUAUCUGAUAUAAAGCAUGAGUUGAACUUCCGAGUACAGCAAUUAGAGGCCGCUCACGCCUCUGGAAAGGCCUGCAAGAACUGUAGUGUUGCCAUGCAGGCAUUUGGUAAGGGCUAA